AAAAAGUUUAGAAACUAAACUCGUUUGUAGACCCGGCCCACGGAACGGAAGCAAAACAAGGAGUAAAUUUGGCAGCCGCCCGGAAUCACAUCAAUCUCCACGAGUCAGCGAAAAAAAACUCCAUAAAACCCCAACGCGCACGCCGGAGACGGCUCGAUUUCCUCUGUUCCCAAUCUCGUGUCCGCCUCUCCUCUUUCCCUCGCUCGGUCGCUCCCUUCCUUCCCUCUCAUGGCCGCCGCCGCCGCCGCGCGCUUCGGCGACCCGGCGGAGUCCACGCGCCUGCGCAUCGGCGACGAGAUCACGUGGUCCGAGAUCAACGGCGUGUACGACCGCGACGACUCGCUCAAGGAGAACACCAACCCCAAGUCCCUCCUCAAGAACCACCACCCCGGCGCCGGCCCCCACGCCAACAACAACGGCACCUCGCAGCGGUUCUCGGGCAACCUCAAGCCGACGGCGGCGCCCAUCAUCGGCCUCUCGGGGAAGCUCGGCCAGGGCGGCGGCGGGCGGGGCCGGCAUGGGCAUGGGCAUGGCCACCCGCCCGCCAUGUUCCCCAAGAAUAAGGCCAAGACGGGCGGCGGGCGCGCGUCCAGAGCCGCCGUCCCGGAGCCCGGCUCUCCCAAGGUGUCCUGCAUCGGCAAGGUCCUCUCCGACCGCGAGCGCGCGCGCCUCGGCCGCCCGCCGAGGCCGCGCGGAGGGAACGGCGCGGGCGGGGGUGGGGCGAGGGCCCCCGGGUGCUGCGGCGGGUUCGCGUUCUUGAUGCGGCGGAGCAGGUCCAGGAACAACAGCGUCGAGUGCGUCGACCAGUCCCCGCCGCUGGCCGAGGCGGCCACCAGGCGGAGGGAGACGAAGGAGGUGGCGGCUGCGCCGGCCCCCGGGCUGGGUGGCAUGCGGCGGUUCGCGUCAGGCAGGCGGGCGGCGGAGUGGGCGGCCGAGAUGGACGGCGGCGACGGACGCGUGGCGUCAUCUGGGCCGUUGUAGCGCGUGCAGCCGUGCAGGUAGGCAAGGCCGCCCGGGGGUAGUUGGGGCGUGGCUUUCGGCUUGGUUCUUUGGUUGUUGCUGUGCUAGUUGACAUGUAGUUGUGUACAUACUUCUUCUUGAGAGUUUGAUUUGAAAUUGAGAUUGGGCUUUGGCAAGAUUUUGUUUGCUCCGUUUUUAUUUUCUGUGAGUUUUGGAUAGAUGAUUUUCUCUAUUUUGUACUUACAAAGGUUGUCAGAAUUCUCAGUUUUGGAUACUUUUUACCAAUCA